AUUACCUCGUUCUGCCAUGAAAAUAUUACCACUACCUAUUUAUGCUGGUCUUCAUUUGGAACAGCAACUACAAAUUUUUGAACCCACUCCAUAUAAUACUCGUAAAGUUAUAGUAGCGACGAACAUCGCCGAAGCUUCCAUUACACUUGAAGGAAUUGUGUACGUUGUUGAUUGUGGAUUUGUGAAA